ACCAGUAAAGUGUCAUCUCGUCUUAUUUACAGAAGAAGAAGUUUCUGUUGUCGCCAUGGCUACUUUAUGGGAAAACCUGGAGGAUGUUUUGGAGACUUCCCGGUCCGCCCGGUCCUCAGGGGGAGCAACCAUUAAGCCGCACCCCAAUUUUAAUGCAGAAAAUGAUGCUGAGGCCCUGAGGGACGCCAUGAAAGGAUUUGGAACCGAGGAGAAGGUCCUGAUUGACAUUUUGACUCAAAGGACCAACCAGCAGCGGCAGCUCAUCUGUGAAGCCUACGAGAAGAUCACAGGCAAAACGUUGGUGCGCGACCUGAAACGUGAAACCCGCAGGAACAUGGAGGACGUGCUGGUGGCGCUGGUCUCCACUCCUGCAGAGUUCGACUGCCACGAAGUGAUGAGGGCCAUGAAAGGAGCUGGAUCCAAGGACUGCAUCCUGAUUGAAAUCUUUGCAUCCAGAACCAAUGAAGAGAUCAAAGCUUUGAACGCCGUCUAUCUGCGAGAAACUGAGAAUCUGUUGGUUCAAGACCUGAGGAAAGAAGUUUCCGGCGACUUCUCCAAAGCGCUGCUCCUCCUGAACGAGGCAAAAAGGGACGAGAGCCCCAACGUAGACAGGAAGAUGGCAAAAGAAGACGCUCAGGCUCUUUACCACGCUUCAGAGAAGAAGUGGGGAACUGAUGAAUCCAAGUUCAUAGAAAUCCUGUGUGAGAGAAGCAUAAAUCAGCUCAGACUAACUUUUUUCGAGUACAAGAAACUCAGCGGAAAAUCUCUGCAGGAAAGCAUCGAGAGUGAGAUGUCAGGGGAGCUGGAGGAGCUGCUGGUGGCCAUCGUGAAAUGUGUGAAGUCCACCCCCACCUACUUUGCAGAACAACUGCACAAGAGCAUGAAGGGCGGUGGAACCGAUGAGCCGACUCUGUGCCGCGUCAUGGUGAGCCGGUCUGAGAUCGAUCUGCUGGACAUCAGAAAGUAUUUCAAGAAGUCCUACGAUUACUCUCUGCACUCAGCCAUCGACUCGGAUCUGUCCGGAGACUACGGCGAAUGCAUCAAGGCCAUCUGCGGAGGAGACGACUGAAUAUGGACUCUCCUCUCACCUGUGAGGUCCAGAAGAAACUUUCUGACUCUCACUCUAAACCUUCCGUCUUUUUUCUUCCUCUCCACUUCUGCGUGAUUUGUUGACAAUAAUGGAAAGAACCUUUAAAAAAGAGAUUUAAACGUGAAAACAACCAGUGAAAUGAUUAAUACGUAGAUACAUGUUUUAAAAAAAGGAUAAUUAAAUGAUGAUCAGUUUACUCGUUUCUGUUGCUCAACAGUUUCUACAUAAAACCAAAUAAAAGUUGUUAAAUAAAUAGUUAAUGUUCGAAUAACUUACAGAUCAGAAGUCUCAGUUUAGUCAUUUCUGAAGACAUGUGAUAAACUGAUCUUUCUGUUUGUUUCCUGCUUCAUUCUCUUCCAACUGUUUCUCCAAUAAAUAAAUAAAAUCUCU